AUGAUUAUUGUAGCAUUUCUCCCUGUGACUUUAAUAUGUUAUUCAUACACCAGGAUAAUGAUAAUAUCGUAUAACAGUUGUAAAGAGGUCAGAAGAAAAGCUGCACAGACCUGUUUGCCUCAUUUGUUGGUUUUAGUCUGCUUUUCCUGCUUAGGUGCUUCUGAUAUUAUUGUUGUUUUCAUAGAAUCGAAUUUUUCAGAAACUGUUAAAUUUGUGAUGAGUUUACAGACUGUCUUGUACAACCCCCUGUCCAAUCCAAUCAUAUAUGGGCUGAAAAUGAAAGAAAUUUUCAAGCAAAUCAAAAAGCUCCUUUGCAAUCACCAAAUUAUUUACAUCCUGAUACUCUGCUGUAAUUUCACUAUUGUGUUCCUGGUUGUGUUUAAGAAAAGCCUCCAUGAGCCCAUGUACAUUUUUAUUGCAGCUUUGUUACUGAACUCUGCUCUUUUCAGCACAGUUGUCUUUCCAAAACUCUUGAUUGACCUUCUGUCGGAAAGGAGGACGGGGAUCUUUUGUAAUAGCCAACUUUACAAUAUUCUCUGUGCACGUGCAGUAGCUAUAGAUGUCCUAACUAUGAUCAUACUGAUUAAUGUAGCUCUUCUCCCUGUUAUAUUAAUAUGUUUUUCAUACACCAGGAUAAUGAUAAUAUCAUAUCACAGUUGUAAAGAGGUCAGAAGAAAAGCUGCACAGACCUGUUUGCCUCAUUUGUUGGUUUUAAUCAGCUUUUUAAGUUUGGUCGCAUCUGAUGUCAUUGUUGUUUCAAUGCAAUCUGAUUUAUCAAAGACUGUCAAAUUUGUAAUGAGUUUACAAAUCAUAACGUACAACCCCCUCUUCAAUCCAGUCAUAUACGGGCUGAAAAUGAAAGAAAUUUCCAAACAGAUCAAAAAGCUGCUUUGCAAUUACAAAAUUAGCAAAUUUUUAAAGACUGAAAUCUCAAAAUUCACUUUUGAUGCAUUUGUGAGGCUGCAUAAAUUCAGGUAUCUGUAUUUUGUCAUCCUGGUUCCAGUUUACAUCCUUAUACACUGCUGUAAUUUCAUUAUUGUGUUUCUGGUUGUGUUUAAGAAAAGCAUUCAUGAGCCCAUGUACAUUUUUAUUGCAGCUUUGUUACUGAACUUUUCCAUUUUUAUGCUUUUGGCACUGCAUAAAUUCAGGUAUCUGUAUUUUGUGAUCCUGUUUCCUGCUUACAUCCUGAUACUCUGCUUUAAUUUCACUAUUGUGUUACUGGUUGUGUUUAAGGAAAGCCUCCAUGAGCCCAUGUACAUUUUUAUUGCAGCUUUGUUACUGAACUCUGCUCUUUUCAGCACAGUUGCCUUCCCAAAGCUUUUGAUCGAUCUGUUAUCUAAAAGGCAGAUCAUAUCAUUUUCAGCUUGUUUCUUUCAACAUUACAUGUUUUACUCUGUAGGUAUUUCUGAAUUUUUGCUGCUGACAGUCAUGUCCUUUGACAGAUACGUGUCUAUAUGUAAACCUCUGCAAUAUCCAACGAUCAUGAGAAGAAGGACUAUUAGCAUCCUCUUGGCUUUAUCUUGGAUUAUACCUACGUUUUGCAUGAGCUGGUUUGAUAUUAUUUUCCUGACAUACCCAAAACAAAUCUGCAGAUUACCUCUUGAGACGAUCUUUUGUGAUAGCCAACUUUUCAGACUUCUUUGUGUGCGCAUCGAAAUCCUCGAUGUACUGACUCUGGUCAUACUGAUUAUUAUUGUUCUUCUCCCUGUAAUUCUGAUAUGUUUUUCAUACACCAGGAUAAUAAUAGUAUUGUAUCACAGUUGUAAAGAGGUCAGGAGAAAAGCUGCACAGACCUGUUUGCCUCAUUUGCUGGUUUUAAUCAUCUUUUCCUGCUUAGGUGCAUCUAAAAUCAUUAUUUUUUUAAUGCAAAAUGAGAUAUCAAAAACUGCAAAUUUGGUGAUAAGUUUACAGGUCGUAACGUAUAACCCCCUCUUCAAUCCAAUCAUAUAUGGGCUAAACAUGAAAGAAAUUUCCAAACAGAUCAAAAAGCUGUUUGCACUGCAUAAAUUCAGGUAUCUGUAUUUUGUCAUCCUAUUUCCAGUUUACAUCCUGAUACACUGCUGUAAUUUCAUUAUUGUGUUUCAGGUUGUGUUUAAGAAAAGCCUCCAUGACCCCAUGUACAUUUUCAAUGCAGCUUUGUCACUGAACUGUAACUUUUAUGGUAUUUCUGAACUUUUACUGCUCACAGUCAUGUCCUUUGACAGAUACGUGUCUAUAUGUAACCCUCUGCAAUAUCCAACGAUCAUGACAAAAAGGACUAUUAGUAUCCUCUUGGCUUUAUCUUGGAUUAUACCUACGUUUUGCAUGAGCUGGUUUGAGAUUGUUUUCCUGACAUACCCAAAACAAAUCUGCAGAUUUUCUCUUGAGGCGAUCUUUUGUGAUAGCCAACUUUUCAGACUUCUUUGUGUGCACUUUGAAGUCCUAGAUAUACUGACUCUGAUCAUACUGAUUAAUAUUGUUCUUCUCCCUGUUAUUUUAAUAUGUUUUUCAUACACCAGGAUAAUAAUAGUAUCGUAUCGCAGUGCAUCUAAAGUCAUUGUUGUUUUAAUGGAAUCUGAUUUGUCAAAAACUGCAAAUUUGAUGAUAAGUUUACAGGUCGUAACGUACAACCCCCUCUUCAAUCCAAUCAUAUAUGGGCUGAAAAUGAAAGAAAUUUCCAAACAGAUCAAAAAGCUUAUAAUGAUAAUAUCGUAUCACAGUUGUGAAGAUGUCAGGAGAAAAGCUUCACUGAUGUGUUUGUCUCAUUUGUUGGUUUUAAUCAGCUUUUUGUGCUUUGGUGCAUCUAAAGUCAUUGUUGUUUUAAUGGAAUCUGAUUUAUCAGAGACUUUACUGUUAACUUUGAUGGAUGAUUCUUUAAAUGUUACAUAUCUAACUUUCGAUGGACACGUGGAAGUGGACAAAUAUGGGUAUAUUUACUUUUUUCUCAUUCUUGUAGUGUAUAUUUUGAUAAUCUGCUCUAAUUGUACAAUUGUGUACAUCAUUUGGACUCACCAAAAUCUCCAUGAGCCUAUGUACGUUUUCAUUGGUGCUUUGUUACUGAACUCUGUUCUUUUCAGCACCUCCAUCUACCCAAAGCUUUUGAUUGACUUCUUCAACAAACUCUGCAGCUUUAUUUUAAAAGGAAUAUUUUGCAACAAUACAAUUUACAAAAUGGAGUGUGGGAAUUCAAGCAUGCGUGUAAUACGUGACAUGAUCAUAUUACUCAAUGUUGCUCUGUUUCCUGCGUUUUUCAUACUGUAUUCUUACACCAGGAUACUUAUUGUUUCCUAUCAAAGCUGCAAAGAGGUCAAAAGAAAGGCUGCACAGACCUGUUUGCCUCAUCUGAUCAUUCUCAUCAACUUCCUGUGUUUGUGUUCAUAUGAUGUAAUCAUAGUGAGACUGGAGUCAGAUUUACCAAAAAUUGUGCAACUGAUAAUGACUUUACAGAUGGAAAAAUACAGAUUUCUUUAUUUGGUGGUCAGUCUUACUAUUUACCUUUUGAUACUGUGCUUUAAUUCGAUCGUUGUCUAUUUGAUUUGGGCUCACCCAAACCUCCAUGAGCCUAUGUACAUUUUUAUUGCAUGUUUGUUGAUCAACUCUAUUUUAUGGAGCAGUACUGUUUACCCAAAGCUUUUGGUUGACUAUCUGUCAAAAGAACAGAUCAUGUCAUAUUCAGUCUGUCUUUUGCAGUUUCACAUGUUUUACUCUUUAGGAGGGUCAGAAUUCUUACUGUUGGCAGCCAUGGCCUACGACAGAUAUGUGUCUAUAUGCAAACCUCUGCAAUACGCAACUAUCAUGAACAAAAGGACCAUCAUUAAUCUUUUGAUUUUCUCCUGGGUUAUGCCUGCUGCUCAGGUUGCCUUUUCAGCUGGAUUGAGUGCUAAUAAGAAACUCUGCAGCUUCAUUGUAAAAGGAGUUUUUUGCAACAACACUGUUUUCAAAUUGCAGUGUGCUCUCUCACAGGCGCAGAUCAUACUGGAUAUUGUGAUUUUAAGCAAUGUUGCAAUUGCUCCUAUGUUUUACAUACUUUUCACUUACAGCCGGAUUCUCAUAAUAACUUAUCGGAGUAGCAAGGAGGUGAAGAAAAAAGCAGCCCAGACAUGUUUGCCCCACCUAAUUGUUCUAAUCAACUUUUCCUGUUUGUGCGCAUUCGAUGUCAUCAGAGUUCAUAUUGAUGCUGAUUUUCCAAAAACUCUGCGCUUAAUGAUGACAUUCCUCUUAAUCAUGUAUCAUCCUCUCUUUAACCCUAUAAUGUAUGGACUGAAAAUGAAAGAAAUUUCUAAGCACCUCAAGAAGCUUUUAUUUCCAGCCAAACGUCUUACUGUUUACCUUUUGAUACUGUGCUGUAAUUCGAUCGUUGUGUAUCUGAUUUGGGCUCACCCAAACCUCCAUGAGCCUAUGUACAUUUUUAUUGCAUGUUUGUUGCUGAACUCUGUUUUAUGGAGCACUGUUAUUUACCCAAAGCUUUUGAUUGACUUUGUGUCCAAAAGACAGAUCAUAUCAUAUUCAGCCUGUCUUUUGCAGUUUCACAUGUUUUACUCUUUAGGAGGGUCAGAAUUUUUACUGUUGGCAGCCAUGGCCUACGACAGAUAUGUGUCUAUAUGCAAACCUCUGCAAUACGCAACUAUCAUGAACAAAAGGACCAUCAGUAUUCUUUUGAUUUGUUCCUGGAUUCUGCCUGCCGCUCAGGUUGCUGUCCCAGCUGGAUUGAGUGCUAAUAAGAAAAUCUGUAGCUUCAUUGUAAAAGGAGUUUUUUGCAACAACACUAUUUACAAAUUGCAGUGUGUUGUCUCGAAAGCACAAAUCAUACAUGAUAUGGUGAUUUUGAUCAAUGUUGCACUUCUUCCUAUGUUUUUCAUACUUUUCACUUACAGCCGGAUUCUCAUAAUAACUUAUCGGAGUAGCAAGGAGGUGAAGAAAAAAGCAGCCCAGACAUGUUUGCCCCACCUAAUUGUUCUAAUCAACUUUUCCUGUUUGUGUGCAUUCGAUGUCAUCACCGUUCAGCUUGACUCAGAUUUUCCAAAAACUCUGCGCUUAAUAAUGACAUUACAAUUGAUCAUGUAUCAUCCUCUCUUUAAUCCUAUAAUGUAUGGACUAAAAAUGAAAGAAAUUUCUAAGCACCUCAAGAGGCUUUUCUUUCCAGCCAAACAGAUCUAA